AUGAGAAAUCUCAACCAAAAAGAAUUAAUUGUCCAAGACAUCCAAAAAAAUUUUCAGCCCGCCAAAGCUGUUAUUUUUUACGAUUUUCAUCAGGCGGAAAAUGAAGAUAUUUUUCAACUCAAAAAAGAACUAAAAAAAGCCG